AAAAUUAAACGUCAAAGUCAAAAAUUUUCUCACGCCAUUGUGCGUGAAGCAGUUACGAUUUUUCAAUUGACUUCCGUGUUCAAUAUCAAAAUAAACAUUCAAAAUUGAUUUCCUAACUCAUAAUGGGCUUGCCGGAGUGCGGUUUGCCGGUGGACAGACUGCCUCAAUGUUGGUCAGAUGACGUGAGAAUGAAUGCACUUUUUGCACCUUUUCGAUUGAAAACUGCGAAUCCGGAAUCAUGGGAUAUGAAGAUGAAAUUCUGGUCGGACAUGCUGCGUCAGUGGUGCAAGUUCAGGCGGGAGCCUAUUGUGUCUUCAGCGGACGCUAAAGUGGCGUUCCAGCGUAAGGGGCGCACGCCUGCCUGCAUGGACAUCGUCGUCGAAGAAAUGUUUCGUAACGGGGAAAUCUCGCCGAUAUCCAAAUACCAGCAGAUCCUGCACAAUGGGCCUGAGGGAUGGGUGAAGUGGGGUGCCAGGUGGGCGUUUAAGCCGGCCGCGUUCGCCCUGACGGCGAUGGUGUCGCUGCUGCCCGCGAGACAAACGCUGGACAACGAUGGCCUGCCGAAAGCAAGCAUUGACUCCACACAGAGAUUUGUUGUUGAAUCUGUCAUUAAGGAGCAAGCGACAGAAUUGCUGGAGAAUUACCCGCCUGGCGAGGAGCGGAUAGGCACGGUGGAGGAGCUGAUGCGCCACUGUGACUACAAACAGAGCAGGGAGUCGUUUGAACUGCUCCUGGGCUGGCUUGUGUCACAAGGCACUGCUGUCAAGAAGGGAGACGUUGUGAAGUUGGCCGAUCCGGAUAAGAAAGCUGCGGCCGUGACCGAGGGUGACGAGGCCCUGGUGAAGCUGAUCAGCGCCGAGCGCAGGCUGGAGGGGGACUCGAUCCGGCUCGCGCGGGAGGUGGCGGCAGCGGACGCUGAAGCCAGGGCUGCCAUGCAGUUGGGCAACAAACUCGCCGCCAAGAACCACUUGCGGCGCAAGCACAAGAUCGCUCAGCGGCUGGAGCGCUGCAACGCGGCGCUCGACAACGUGCGGCACCUGCAGCAACAGCUCCGAGACGUGCACGUCAACGCGGCCAUCGUCGACACUUACAAGACGAGUUCGGAGGCGAUGAAGCGCAGCAUGAAGGAGUCAGGAUUGGAAGAGGACGCCGUGCAUGACACCAUGGAUGACUUGAAAGAGGUGAUGGACACAUACAACGAUGUGGAAAAAGCUCUCAACGUCACCGUGGAGGAGUUCGACCAGGCGGAGCUCGAGCAGGAGUUGAAGGAGUUGCUGGCGGGACCCAGUGUGCCCGCAGGAGUGACGCCCGGCAAGGAACAGAGGAGGGACGGUAAACAGCCAACACCGGUCAAACCCAAGGUCUCAGAAGAUUUCGUCUUCGAUGGAGAAGAGAGGAUGCUGGCGGAACUCAACGAGCUGGACAUUGAGGAUUCGAGCCCUAAAGAAGAGAAGACAGAGAAGAAAGAGAAGAAGAAGGCUGUGGAAGUGGCCGAAGGUUGGACUCCUGAAGUGGACAACCGCAAAGUGUGCGAGGAGCCAGAGGAGCCGCGCUCGUCGCCGCGCCCGUCCAUGUCAUGGUACCCGCCCAGCGACCAGUGCCUGCGCAGCGCCGCGCCGCGCUGGCGCAACAACAACGACUACGCCGAGCUGCGCCAGGACGACCGCCUGCAUCCCGGGCAACCCCUGAACGUGGACUUCACGACGCCGCCGCGGCACUACAACGCGGAGUUCCAGGUGCGCGACCACCGCGAGGGUCCCGGCGUGUGGCUGUUCAACACCUCCACCAGGGACCGCAACAGCAACCUGGACGACCUCGCCACCAGCACCGAAUACUUCAGUUCGGAGAGUCCGGGCAAGUCGGGCAGCAGCUUCCAAAUGGCGCCGGGUGGUGAACGACGCAAGCCCACACAGUGGCCCAACGAGGCCUCGAAGGUGGAGGACAUCGAGAGGAGGCUCAAGAACCUCAGAGGUUUCAAUUUAUAAUAUUAGCUUCACUCGUGUACAUUUCAUUUUAAGUCGGUGUUAAGUAUUGCUCUUUAAGAACUAGCCCCUAUCUAACAGCUUUUUUUAAUAAUCGAUCCCAAUCUCAAUCUUCAAUCCGAGAACGAACCAAUCAAAACUCAUUUGUAAGCGUCAAAAAUACUCCGUUUUGAUUGGUCAAUGUUGGAGAUAGAUCGAAAAAAGCGAUUGUGAUCGGUUAUUAAAAAUGGCGACAAAUUAAGUAGUAUUUAACUAACAGUAUCACUUACUCUUUAGUUAAAGUAAGUGAUGAUUUAUAAUUGAAUAACUUUAAGCUUAGUCGACACGAGUGAGCCUACUGCGACGAGUCUUAACCGUCUUUAAAAAGAGAGGAUUUUUUUUAAGUCUUCGUAUUUUUUGUCUCUCGCCAUCAAUGAAAACUGUAUCAAAAUCUGUUUAUUAUUGAAAACGCGAACAAAUUAUAGCUGUAAGUAUAUAUUGUUGUCGACUCGUUUCGGUACUCGUGGUGGUUGACAGUAGGGGCUAGUUUUAGGGGCCGAAUGGCAUGGCCCCUGACUACAUUAGGGGCUUAAUAGAUGCGGGUUUAAAUAUAGUCCCCUGAGAAUAUUUGGGGGUGAAUUUGGAGUAUUUUUGGCGGCCUUGUGGUUUUUAAAUAAAUGUCAAACAUACCUCUAUGUUUGAAUGAAGUUUUGGCUAUAGUAAAGUCACCAGUUUUGUGCCAGAAAAAUUAACAAAAUCUAUCUUAUAAAUCCUAAAGGAAGCUAGCAAUGGAGAUAUAAUGGUUUAAAGCUUGCCAGAUGAAAAAAGUAACUUGGAUGCGGCUGAUUAAAAUCUAGUGUACCUUUAGAUGUCGGUUUGCAUUACGAAAAAGCGGCGAUGGCCUAGUUGGGUGUGGAACGGACUGCCGAGAUCAAUGUCCUCAGGUUCAAAUCCCAAAGCACACACAUUUAAAUUUUCUACAAAUUAUGUGUGUAUUCUUUGUGAAUUAUCGCUUGCUUUAAUGGAGAAGGAAAACAUCAUGAGGAAUCCCACAUACCUGAGAAAUUUCAGCCUGAGAAAUCCUAGCGUGGUGGACUAAAAGUCUAACCCCUCUCGGUAGUAAUUGAUGCCCGUGCCCAGCAGUGGGACAGCAUAAUAAUACAGGGCUGAUAUUAGCAUUACGAUCCACUACAAACUGUUUUAAUAAUCAUAGAUAGCACGAUUACUGAACUGGCAUUUUUUUUAAAGUUAAAGUUUGACAUAAAAAAAUAUUCAAAUUGGAGAUCAUGACCACUGGCACCAUCUUGCUCCACCCCAAUACAUAAAUGCACAAACUGUUCCUCCUUUGUACAUAGAUAUAACAGGGUGUAUAUAUAAGGUGAUGUAUGUUUGACGAUGUCGGACGAUGGGUAUCGCUACAAAUUUAAAAUAUGACGUCAUCUAACCGCCAUUUUGAAUAACCGUUCCCAUUCUGCUUUUCGACCAAUCAGAACAAAGGUCUUUUUUUAAACGAAUAAAUGACUUAUUCUGAUUGGUUUAUGCUCAGAUCGAGGUUUAAGAUUGCGGAUCGCUGAUUGAAAAUGAAAAAAAAAACAAUAAAAAUUACGAUUUUCUGUUAACGUGUUUCGUUUGAAUUCUACUGACUGACGUUUUUACGAAGAUAUAAAAAUUUAUUGCAUAAAAAAUAAAUUUUAGUAAAAUUGGGGUACUAGCCACCUAGUACUUACACCAGGGCAUUGAAUCCGCCUAAAAUUUGGUUUGAUUAGCUUCAGCGCCGGCUCAACGAAACUUGGCGCCCUAGGCAAAACAUUGGAACGACGCCCAUAAAAAACACAACAAAAAAAAUACUAGGUACACCGAUUAAAGAGUGACAAAACAAAACUCCGCAGAAACAAAACUGCGAAUUCUGUACUUUUGAAUAACCCGGAAAUAGCA